GUCGGAGCAUAAUAUAUCGCAUGGCCUGCCAUAGAAGUGGCCUUCUCUCUACGAUAUCGAAUCCAGCUAGCGUCAGCCUGUGACGUCUUUCUCGCGAAAAUCGAUAUAUAUGCGACAACCUUUCAAACAUAAAAGGCAUAAUCAUAGAAUAUUUCCAGAGCAUCUCGCCUCCAUCCACGAGUACACAAAGACCCAUGUCUAUCUCAAUGAUCCAAGCGCCUCUAUCGCCCCCCAUUGGGCAUAUGCUCACUCUACCCUUCUCCCCGGCCCCAAGUCCACCCAAGUCAACGCAAGCAACAAGAGGAUACGAGCAAGCCUCGUCUCUAACAACGAGCGACAGCAAGCAAUCAUAUUGCCUCUCCAAUAGUCAGGAGUGGAUGCAGCAAGAACAUUCUGACUCUAUGUCCGUCGCUGAACUCGUAGCUGCGCGGGCCCGGUGUCAACGUGCAUGUCGCCGUUUCAAUAAUGCGGGCGAAGUCUCUCGAAGGCAAAUGUUGGAGCUCUGGAAAGACAUUCUGAACGACCAGACCCCUCUGCCUCCACCUCAAGAGGACCCUCUAGACGAUGAUAUCCAGCUAGAACAUUACCCUUGGAUUGAACCUCCCUUUCGAAUCGACUAUGGACACAAUUUGAAAGUGGGGGAGGGUGCCUUUAUCAACUUUGAUGCAGUCAUCAUCGACACCAGUUCAAUAACAAUCGGGGCGCGCACGUUGAUUGGCCCUCGGGUCAGUUUGUACAGCGGCACGCAUCCGUUAGACCCAGUUGAGCGGAAUGGCUUCAAGGGUCCUCAGAUCGGAAAAGAAAUCCGCAUUGGAGAGGACUGCUGGCUAGCAGGCAACGUGACGGUCUUACCUGGAGUGACUAUCGGGAAGGGGGCAGUUAUCGGAGCCGGCAGUGUGGUCAACAAGGUGGGUUUGGGAAGGGAUGAAUGAGAAUGAAUGAGGCCGAACAAUGCUGACGCGAGCUGAUCGUAGGAUGUGCCUGCUUUUCACUUAGCUGUGGGC